GCUGCGCAGGGGGCGGGGCCGGAGCGGCACUUCCGGGACCGGCGGAGGAUGAGCUGGAUACCGUUCAAGAUCGGGCAGCCCAAGAAACAGAUUGUACCCAAGACAGUGGAGAGAGACUUUGAAAGGGAAUAUGGAAAGCUUCAGCAAUUGGAAGAUCAGACCAAAAAACUUCAGAAGGAUAUGAAGAAAAGCACAGAUGCAGACUUGGCCAUGUCCAAGUCGGCUGUCAAGAUCUCUUCGGACCUGCUGUCUAACCCACUGUGUGAACAGGAUCCCAGCUUUCUGGAGAUGGUGAUGGCCUUCGACACAGCGAUGAAGAGGAUGGACUCUUUCAACCAGGAGAAGGUGAAUCAGAUCCAAAAGACAGUCAUCGAACCUUUGAAAAAGUUCAGCAGCGUCUUCCCCAGCCUGAACAUGGCCGUGAAGAGACGGGAGCAAACGCUGCAGGACUACAAGCGCCUGCAGUCCAAGGUGGAGAAAUACGAGGAGAAGGAGAGGACCGGCCCCGUCCUUGCCAAGCUGCACCAGGCCCGUGAAGAGCUGAGGCCGGUGAAGGAGGACUUUGAAGCCAAAAGCAAGCAGCUGCUGGAGGAAAUGCCCAAGUUUUAUAGCAGCCGCAUCGAUUACUUCAAGCCCAGCUUUGAGUCGCUGGUCCGGGCACAGGUUGUCUAUUACACGGAGAUGCAUAAGAUCUUUGGUGACCUGACGACACAGAUCGACCGACCCGGCUUGAGCGAUGAGCAGCGGGAACGGGAGAACGAAGCCAAGCUGAGCGAGCUGCGGGCAUUGUCCAUCGUGGCCGACGACUGAGCGCCGCAGCGGGAUGGGGAAGGAGCUGGGGAUCCCCCGAGCCUGGCUGCUCCCCACCUUCUCUGUCCCAGGGAUGGACGUAGAGGGGGUUUAGCCCUUUACCCCUGUGGCUCUGCAUUCCUGCCAGGACAAGGUAGAGGCUGGGGCGGGGAUGGGGGGCACAGCAGGGCUCCCCCCUCAAGCCUGGCAGGUCCUUGCAGCCAGGCUUUGCAGGGGAGCAGGGAAAGGAGCCACGCUGCUCAGCUGGAAAUGCUGAAAUGCAUCACCUAGCACCCUUCAGCACUUCCACCCCAGCUCUGGAUCCACCCCAGGCUCGCUCCUUGCCUUUCUGGGCAAGGACUCCUGCAGGACCAUUUGUUUUGUGCCUUAGGUAGCCCCGUAGUCCCUAUUGGGAGAGGGUAAAAGCAUCCAAAUUCUAUUUUUUGAGGCAUCAGAAAGGGCGAUGAAAAGGCUGCGCUUCCCACAUGGAGCAUCAAGUGAUGCCGUGCUCUGAAUCCGUCCCAUUUGAAGCAGGAACAGUUCCUCUGCCCCACAUCUGGGUACUCAGCGAGGGCGGUAACAGGCAAGCGGAGAUCCCAGGGCAGAGGAAGGCAGGGCUGUGCAAGAGGGAAACGCAGUCCAAGUGGGAGGAAAAAAAAUCCAGGGAAAAAGGAAGGGCCACAGCCAUCCCUCAGCGCCCAGGGUGCUUGUAAUAAAG